CCCACACACACCACGCUGAAUGUCAGGGGGCUGCAUGUGUCUUAAUACCCAAUGAGCACCCUACCUAGAUAGCAUUCCUUUGCAUCGAAGGCGCGCGCAACAUUUUUGGCCAUUUGAGAAUCGUUGAAUCGCAGCUCAGCUUACUAGGUUUUGAAACACAGCCAUGCUGUUCAAAGCCCUGUGUGCUGUUCAGCGCUGCUCAGUCUGACAGCUACAUCUCAUCGAUCAAGAACUGAUCGAUACUUAAGUGAUAUAACUAUUGGAAACUAAUCGGAUACUUUGUCAGAAUGGAUCCAUCUGCGGAAAGAAAUACAGAAAGCAAACAGAAUGCUGCGAAACCGCUUUAUCUGCGCUAUUUAGUGUCUUUUCCAACCAUAGUGUGUUUAGUGAUAUCGCUGAGUUCAAUAGCGGUGUGCUUUCUCAUGACUUUUAAAACGCAUCAGAUGGAGAGCAGGCUGCGCGCGCUGGAGAUAAAGAUGAGUGACAUCUGUCAAGAGUCAUCUGUGGACGUCUCUGUUUCACAGGAACUUCGGGAAUCCAUUGAAACACUCUUACAAGAGAGGCUGAAUGAAGCAAUGCCAAAGUUGCGUGUGGCUAGAGACGUGACACAAGACUGCAACUGUCCUCCAGGUCCUCCUGGGAAACGUGGACGGAUGGGCAGAAGAGGUGACCCUGGACCCCCAGGCAAACCUGGGCGCGACGGUUACCCGGGUCCACUUGGUCUGGAUGGCAAACCUGGUACUCCUGGACCUAAAGGAAGCCAGGGGCUGCCGGGACCAAAAGGAGAUAAGGGUGACCAAGGAGACACUGGGCCCAGGAUGGUCUUUCCUCGUUACGAUCAUGGCUACAUCUCGGCCGAUCAGCCCAGUUUCCAAAGGCGUAUGCUGAAGGGUGAUCAAGGACAAGCUGGCCCACCUGGACCUCCAGGCCCUCCUGGAGCACCCGGUGCAAGAGGGCCCCCAGGAAACACUGGGAAGGACGGCCCCCGUGGCCCACCAGGAGAUUCAGGUGCUCCUGGACGAGAUGGAGUAGAGGGACAAAGAGGUUUACCAGGAAAACCGGGUGAAGUUGGUGCUCAAGGUUACCCAGGACCGCAGGGACCCCCAGGGCCAAAGGGCGAGCAGGGAGAGCCAGGUCCUCAGGGUGACCGAGGAACCGAUGGUCUGCCAGGCUUGAAGGGAGAUAAAGGAGAUGUUGGAGAACAAGGACCCCAGGGCGAAACGGGCCGCCCUGGUGAUAAAGGCACAUCAGCAUCCGGUGACAUCAUUGACUUCAAUGGCAAACUCUUAGAUGCCUUUCAGGGACCACCUGGCCCUCCUGGACCCCCGGGACCACCAGGAAAAGAAGGUCCAAAGGGUGAACUUGGUUUGCCUGGGCCUGCUGGGGUUGAUGGCGAAAAGGGUGAUAAGGGAGACACUGGAGAGCCUGGUGAAUCUGGAGAGAGGGGUGAAAAAGGAGAAAUGGGCCUCUCUGGUCCCUCUGGAGUGGAUGGGCAGAAAGGAGAGAAAGGAGACUCUAUACUAGAGGACAAUCUGGUUCAGAUGAUUUCACAACCAGGACCACCAGGGCCUCCAGGUCCACCAGGACCACCUGGAUACAUGGGUCAUCGUGGCAUACCAGGCCCCAAAGGUGAUCCAGGGGAGAGUAUUAAAGGAGAGAAGGGAGAAAUCGGUGCUUCAGGAAUACAAGGCCUUCAGGGUCCUCAAGGGCCCCCGGGUUCAACAGGAUUAGUUGGUCUUCCCGGCACAAAGGGUGAAAAGGGAAAACAAGGGGAACCUGGAUUAGAUGGUUUUCCUGGCAUUAAAGGAGACAGGGGUGAGCGUGGGGAGAGAGGAGAGAAGGGAGAUCGUGGUCCUGUCGGAAAGAGAGGCCUCAAGGGAAAGAAAGGUGAACAGGGACCGCCGGGUCUGGACCAGCCCUGUCCCGUGGGAGCUGAUGGAUGUAAAAAAGAGGCGGUGGAAAUGGGGCAUCCGGCCCCUGAGGCCCCCUGCCCACUGGGUCCUGAUGGACUUCCAAUACCAGGUUGUUGGCACAAGGAGCAGGGAAUGCUUCAGAAACUCAAGAGGAAACGUCUCUCCCAGCCUUGAUGUUCUUCAAGAACCCGAGGAGUUUCAAUGACUUUACGGUCCCUCAGGUGACGGUAUCUCAAUAAUAUUGGUUAAUAUUGACUGUCCUCAAUGUGCAGGUCGAAUGAGGGUGCAAACAGCCCUCGCUAUGGUCAAUAUUUUUCAUGGAGGAACAUAAUUGAGCUCUUGGAGUUGAUGAAAGAUCAGGGAUUGGCCUCAUGGAUGCAGUUGCUCCACAGGACAGUAACAGCAGCCUGAAAUAAGAGGCUUUGGCAUAGAGGUGAUACAGAACAGAUCACUAUUUUGAGAAUAUUAAUGAGCAGUAAUUUAUGAUUUAUUUCUUACGUGUUACUGUUUUAUGCUUGGUUUUUUGUAGUUUUUAACUCACAAGCAAAAACACAAAGCAUCAGGAAUUGACGCCCAAAGACUUAAGUUUUGGAUGGCAAGCAUUUACAUAUUAAUGCAUUUAUCAUUUUCAAUAAAAUAAAUACUACAUCUGUUUUAAAUAAGCACAGCAUCAUAGUGAGCGAGAAUAUUGUGUUAUAUUGUACCUGUUUUUUAUUAUUUCUUUAAUACUACUGCAUAUGUUUUGUUGCUCACAUUUGUUGUAAUACUUUGUAUAAGAAAUAUGGUAACUGUGACUACCUGCCGUUGUUUUUAACGUCACAAUCCUUGAUACAUAUUCCAUAUUAUUGUUCAUAGUAAUUUAUGGUAUAUACCAAUGUGCUUUUUGAAGAUGGCAAAACUGGUGUUUUUGUAACCUCAGUUCAACCAUCUCGAGGACUCAAGUUUGAGGCUGUUUAUAAAAUUGACAAAGUAUUGCUUUAUUAUAUUUAACAGCAUGAAGCAAAGAAAACAGAGAUUCCAUUUUAUCAAUCUCAUUUUGUUUCUUUGGUUUUUACACAGAGAAAAGACAUCCAGAAGAGAUGUUUUUUAGAGACGUUUUUAAGCAUGUUCAGCAUACAUUUCCAUUAUGGUGUACCCUCUUUCAGGGAUUUACAACCAUUCUACAUAAGCUUUUAUCUAAUAUUUAUUGUUAAUAAUCAAAUAACCGGUGGUCAGUUCAUAUAAAGGUUCUUGUAUGCAUAACAUAUAUGUUACAGAUAACGGAUUUGAAUUUUUAGAAGCCUGUCUUUGGUGUCAAUUGGCUGACUAAAUGUUCUGAGUAACUAUUGUGAUUUACAUAACUGUAAAAAUCUUGAUUGACCAAUAGUAUUAUAGCAACAUUUUAGAAACAAAACAAAAUGGGAGGACAUUUUGAGAGCAUUUUACUUUUCUUUUUUUUUUUUCUUUAAAUUUCUUUAUAGUGUUUUUUUUUUCCAACGCAAAGAAUGUUUUAUUUUGAAGAUAUUGAAAGAUUUUGCUGCUGAAACAGUAUUUGUAUUUAAUAGUUGAUAUGGGGUAAGGAAAACAGCCUUACCAACUGCCUGACAGCCAUUACAUGCAUUGAUUUUCUUUUGAAGAUGUUUUAUAAAAUAGAAAUUAAAGUUUGUUACAAGUAAUCUUAACUUGCCUUUCCUCUGACCUUGGUCUUGGUCAAAAAGCUGGGUGCCGGUGGCAUUUCAAUAGUUCUCCACAAUCCACAUUCUGCUCUGACUUUCUCUGACGCUUUUCACGGUCCAAUCAAUUCCUGAUGUAUGAAGUCAAAUCCUACUUUUUUUGUGAUUGCAUGAAUAUUCUGUUUCACUUGGAAAUAUGUCAUAUUUCGCAAGUAGUAAGGGUGCAGAUUCAUGACUUUAAAUGCCAAGGUAAUUAAGAAUUGCAGAAACACUGUCAUACUUUGUCCUUUGCUUAUUUUAGUGAUAUCACAUAAAAUCAUGUGUCUUUCAUUAAAAAAUAAAUCAAAUAUCACAAUCAAAA